GCCCUUUCCCCUCUCUCUGGUUGAGCCGUCUUAACCUUCGGAGCGGUGAGCGUGAGGCAGCCGGAUUGGGCAUCGCGAGCGUCUCUCCGCAAGCUGGCCGCGCAUCGUCAAACCACGCCCAGCUCCCGUUGACUAGUUAGCCUGCGCUUCUGCUCUCUGGGGUUGCUUGCCUUCUGCUCUGCUGGCCCAACAGCCGGCCAAAAUAACCUCCAGAAAGCAGACUGUCCACUGCAUGAUACUGACGCACACUUGCCCUGAACGGCCAUCAUCUUAUGCAUCUUCUUGCCUGCCUCUUGCAUGAGAACAAGUGUCUGGCCCCUCUCGGCUGCUCGCUGGGCCAUCCUCCCCGGUCUGAUCGGCGCAAGAUGCGGGCUGGCGGCCACCCCUGUAUCUUUGCGAGACAUCGCUAUUCCAUGAUCUAGACCCUUUUCCUAUCUGUCCCCGCCAAAGCCUGGAAUGGUUGGAAAAAAGCAAAAAAAGGAAAAUAAGAAAUUCUACAACGGCAUCGUCCCUCUCCUCCGUUCUAGCGGCCCUUGCUGGAUGUUGUCCACCAUGGCCCAGUCGCAGGCCCAAUUCGACCCUAACGAUCCCGCUGCCCAGGACUCGCGCAGGCUGCAGCCCCAAUACCAGCGACGCAGCUCCCAUGGCGGCCAACUUGGGCUCUCGGAUGAAGAUCUAUAUAUGAAUAACUCUACCGCACCCAUGGUGCCGUCUUAUUUUCAUGAUGGCCAGACUUCCGGCUUCUACUCCCCAAACUUGUCCAAUAUAGACCUCGCCAACUUGGGAGAGUUCACAGCCGGCUUCCAGCCGUCCGCCGCCCUUUGGGCCAACGAUCCCCUCGCUGCCAAUUCCCAGUUUCUACCUUAUGCCUCCUCCACAACCCAGCAGAUCUCGGCUGUCACGCCUUCCCGAUACGAUGCCUGGGAUCCAGUCAGUGUCACUGGCCUUGCGCCUGGCAGUGCAAGGCCCUCCACCCCACCGCCCUUUUCCAAGCGCCCGAGGCUCUCGAGGGACAGUGAGAAUAUGUCGGAUGUUGGAGACUACAUAACUUCAUAUCUCUUUUCGGAUUCAGGCUACGCCACGAGAAGCAUCGGCACCAGAUCUGUCGCAGGCGUGUACCCCGUUGAACAGCAGUUCGAGAACUUACCGUCAACAAACAACCCCGACACUUACCUCCCAAUCGUCCGUUCCCCUACUCCCACUCCCGCUCCUCCGUCUCCAGUUGCCCCUCAGAGAGAAACAGAGGAGGGUGGCCGACCGCUGCAGCCAAAAGCGAAGACACGUCCCAGGAAAGCUUACGAAUGCCCCUUUCCUGAUUGUGACUGGAUUGGGAAAACUAGGUCUGAUCUAAAGAAACACACAGAUCGUCAUGAAAAGAGAUUCAAAUGCGAUGUUCCGAAUUGUAAACGAAAAGACGGCUUUGCAACUUCCAACGAUCUGAAUAGGCACUUGAAAGCUGUCCACAAGAGCGGAACGGGAAAGAUAUACAGAUGUUUUGUACGGGGCUGCGCCAAAUCUCAGAAGGAUUGGCUCCGCUUGGACAAUUUCCGCGCCCACCUGCAAAAUGUGCAUAAAGAUUGUAAUGUUGGUGAAAUGGUUCGCCUAUCCGAGCAGUGGUAUGAAUCCAGAAAGAAUGUGCUUUCGGAUAGUGGUUCUCAGGACCCUGAGCCAGGCGACACCGCUCCCCAAUUGUUUGUUAAUGCCGCCGACCUCGUCACAGUCAGCGCCCCUUCUACCACAACCAGCCCUUUAUUUAUCCAAGCCCUCUCCGCCAAUCCCGGGCCUUCACAGUCCCAGCAUUCCCAAGCAACAGCGCCAGCAUUCGGUACUCCUUCUAUUCAUGCUCCUACAUUCUCAGAGGCUCGACAGCCGGACGAAUCACGUGCCCCGACGUUCUAUGAGCAAAGUACUGUUGUGGACGAUACUCCCAUUUCGUUGGAGAAUCCACUUGUGCCUGAAGAAAGUGGUGCAGGUGCUCAAUUUUCCACCGAUACCCAUGUUGAUGGCCAAAGCUCCUCAUCCUCUGACUCCCUUUCUGAAGCAACUCAGGGCCUUUUCAAAGCCUUGGAAAAGGCGAUGGAGAAAUCAAGGAGACAAAAUAGCCAAGGUCCUCAAAACAACAAUGCCAGUGAUAAAGGAGAUGAAUCGCACAAUCCAUCCUUCCUAGACCUGCUCUCAACUUCUGGAAAAAGGGAACGGGAGUUUUUCCACAAGCUGAUCCAGAACAGUUACACCCAACUCAUGUCUAAAAGCACAGCUGGCGGUGGGAAUGAACCCAAUUCUUCCAACGCGGCUGCUGACAACUCUCAAUCUUCUGAUAAAAAAAGAUUCAAAUGUCCUCAAUGCCCGACCACCACCCGGCUUCAAUGUGAGAUGACCAAGCACAUGAAACGCCACACUCGACCGUACGGCUGUACAUUUACGAACUGCGAUAAAGUGUUUGGGAGCAAGAGCGACUGGAAGCGCCACGAGAAUGCGACACACUUCCAGCUUGAAAGCUGGCGCUGCCAGGAGCCGGAAGUUCGAGAGUCUCUAGAUACCCGCGAGUGUGCUCGCCAGUUUUUUCGUUCUGGACAGUUCGCAAGCCAUUUACGAAAUGACCACGGCCUCGACGAAUGCAGAAUAUGGAAAUGCUUGCGCACAAACAGAAUAGGCAGAAACGGACAAGGCCGGUUUUGGUGCGGGUUUUGCCGGAAACUGGUAGAAUCGGAACCUAGGGGUUCGAAUGCGUGGAAGGAUAGGAUUAACCAUAUUGACGUGGAGCAUUUUCGGAAAGGCCAAAGCAUUGAGGAUUGGCUUCUGCCUUCAGGUCACUUUACGAAGGGAGAGGUAAGACGAAGAAAAAUUGAGAGCUCCUUGGGAUCAGGCAGCGGUGUAGUCGUGACCAGCACUGAUACCCCUGCGAAUGCUGGUAUCUCUUCAGCUGGCGAUGAUACCUCUGUGUCUGACCAGCAAUCGCGGGAUGUCGACCAGACACGCGCAGUAAAUCCUUUUCGAACUUGCGAGCCAUCUCAAUCUUGCGUUUCCGAAAAUUUCAAAGAGCCGAGUGAGACGAGCUCCAGACUUCUAAUGAGCCCUACCGCUUCCUUCAGUCAAUACGACUCCUCGACUCAAAGACAAAGUAUAGCCGACUCGCUCAUGCCAGUCGUUAACCCCGUUCAGCGAGUAGACCCUCGCGAAGAUCAAGAACAAUGCGUUACUUGUGUAAGACGCACAACCCCCUCCUCUUUUCCCCUAACCGUCCUGGGUCUAUAGAGCUUACGCUGUGAUAUAGUGCCAGUGCGAGCUUUCAUAUACUCUUGCCCUAGAAAAUCGCUGUACCGUCUGCAUGCAUCAGCCUUGUGGAUACUGUGCUUACGGCAAAUCUAAUGACUGAUGUCUUCGCCCUCUUCACGACUUGCUAACACAAUCAAUGACCUUGACGGGUUGACGAGUGAGCAGCCGGUGUUUACAAUUUUUGACUUUUGGUUUCUUUCCUGGAUAUACAUAUGCUUUAGAUUUUGUUUCUUUUCGGCUACGACACUUUACGAAGGAUUUUGGAUACCCUGGAUGUUUGGUUCGCUACAUUCUGUUCCCGUUUGUGUCGUCUUUAGAGUUGGGAAUCUUCGGUAUUUUGCCUCCUUCGCCUGCAUAUUUACAUGGUCAACAGAACCGAAACUAUAUAACAUGCUUACACAGGCCAUAGUCUGUAUUUUGACCCUUUUUGAGAAUGCUUAUUUUAUUUUGAUUUUAUAUAUAUAUGCGUCCAUACCAAGGGGCGUAACUAUAUAGCUUUGCCAUGAGUCUAUGACCAUCUUUGUCUUCGUGUUCAACCUGUCCUCAAAAUCAACUCCUGUAAGACGUCUCUGCCUUCUCACUGUCGAAUUUUCUCCCAGCGAGGGGAAAUAUUCAGCUGAUGGAUGGUACAAACAAUUCCCGCAGCAUCACGUCAUCUAUUAGAUUGAUAAGAGCUACUUGUUCACAGCUUUGACCCUUCGGGCUCUCCAAUCAAGUCCAGAAAGGCGCCGUGGACCUCAUCCGUUAAAUCGCUUGCUUGCAUACUUCUUCCCUUGGCCAGAAAUGCUCUUCGUGAGCAUUCCCUUGUAAUGGUACUACCAGCCCACGCAGCAAGCAACAUUGUAGUUUUGCGGCUCAUUUUCUUCAUCAUCUUACCGCCAUCCUCCUGCAAUUCAACUUCGACGUCACUUCUGCUCUCCGCCUCUCCCUGC